AUCGCCUCUGCUUACAUCCCGGCAUAUCGUGGGUUACUCAAUAUGGCGCCAAUGAAUCCCGAGAGUGAAAAUGUGCGGAGUAAUAGACAAAAGGAAUAGAAACAGCGGAGUCUUGCUAGAGUCUCGGUAGCGUUGCUCCCGCUGCCAGUCCAGUGUGGAAAAAGGGCUGCCAGGCUCAAAAUGUGGGAGGAGGCGGAGAAUUCCGUGACGUUGUUGUGCCUUACCGCCAGUAGUGGCGUGCCGUUAUACUGUAGGAGCAGAGGAGGGUCUACAAAGCAGCAGUUACCCUUUUCUGUAAUUGGCUCCCUGAAUGGGGUUCAUAUGUUUGGUUCCAAUUUAGAUGUCCAGCUGAUAGCAGCCCGUACAGAGAAUACUCACGUGAUGUGGAAAGUGUUUCAUAAUAGUAUCACCCUCAUUGUGUUGUCCUCAGAAGAAGAUGCCAGUGACUUCAGUCUUGGAAGACUUCUUGAGAAUGUUUUCAAUGCCAUGGUACUAGUACUGGGCUUGGAGGAACUAACCAAUGUUCGCAACAUUGAACGUCUCAAAAAAGAUCUAAAGUCGUGUUUUAAACUGAUUGACAGUUUCCUGGAACCGGGCAAUAGCUCUGCUGAUCUGACCCAGUGUGUGGAAUGUGCUGUGAUGCCCUCCAGAGCAAUUCUGCAGGAAUGCCUAGAAGCCUUCGCCUCUGCAGCAGAAUCCCGGUUUGGUUGCUUACUUGUGGGCAGUCGUAUCUUAUGUGCAACUGAACAGUGGUGGCAACUUGCAGCCCCAGAAGCCAUGCUGCUGGUGUGGCUUGUACGUUCCCUUCCUCCACAUACUUCCCGCGAUCUGCCUGUUUACCUUCCCCAAGGCAGUCCCACGGUUCCGCACCGUUUCCUGACCUUUCAGCUUGUGCCUGAUAUGGAAAUAGUAUUGCUUUGUGGGCCUAAUCCCUCCUUACAGUGCCUGACUGAUGAGCUAGUUAAUCAAUUUUGGCAACCACUGCUGGAUCUGCUGAAGGCAACUGCCAGAGGCCCUGCCAGAUGCCUACCACCUGGCAUUGUCCUUUCUCCUGGUAUCCUGGGGUUACUGCUAAUUAAUCAAGACCAAAGGAAAAGCCUCUUUACGGUGCAACCUCAUGGGGCUUCAACUGAAGCAUCUGAAAUGUCCAUGAAGAAUCGGCUUUGUGCCCUCCGUUCUUUCUAUGCUUUAGUUACUUCCUUAUACUUUCCUUGUGAGAAGCAAGAAGAACACACAGUCCCUCUGCAGGAGGACUUUCAUGCUGGUUUUACCCAUUGUCCUCAGCACUGUUAUAUGGUCUAUACUACACACAAAGCCUAUGUUAUCCAUGGGAGGCAGCACCAGCUCUUCUUAAUCUUGAAGUCAGAUGUACCUACCUUUGCUUUACGAUCCUUAGCAACCUGCACGCUACAGGCUCUCACAGCUGAAGAUUCGGCCUUUUGAUUUAUCUUGUUGAACUCGAUGAUGAAAUUUGGACUGGCGAGCUAGAGCCUCUCAGUAUGGUUAGAAUGACAUAUUUUCAUUCAAAUGUUGUAAUGAACUUUUCUUUGUGCAAAUGAUGAUUUAGGCUGCAGAGAAGGAUUUUGAAUUUAUGGAAAUACUUUCAGAAACAGGAGAAAGUGAAUAAUUCAAUGCAAUUCAAUUCUACCCUCUUAUGUAAGUAGGAGGCAAUACAGCUAAUACAGCUGUAGGUGAUGACUAGUCUUUGGUCUCUAUUCUCCAGGUGUUUAACAUUGGUAAGAAUUUUGUCUCCCAUAAUUUAAUGAACAUUAUGCACUAACAUAAUGUUGUCUCCUAUAACUUAUUAUAUAUUAUACACUAAGAAAGGUGCUUGGGCCAGUCUUAGCCCUAACCAUGAUGUAAUUGUGUAGAAUACAGCAAUUAAUCUUGAGAACCAGUUUGAUCCAGUGGUUAAGGCACCAGACUAGAAACCAGGAGACUGCAAAUUCUAGUCUUGCCUUAGGCAUGAAAGCCAGCU